UCAUAGGACUUUCAGUUCUGUUGUGUUAUCUCCUAAGUUUGUGUCGGAGGCAUUUCUUGCAUUUCUUGCCCUGCAAAUGUAUUCAUAAUCAUUACAUUGCUGUGGUCUUGAGUGAGACUGAAGGUCUGCGCUUUCUCUCUGUUCUGGAGCUUGUGUAUGCCUCCAUCUAUUGGUGAAAGUGGAUCAUGUUUUUUUUACUGAAUGGCAUCAGAAGAGUACAGGUUGAAGGGGUGGGUUUAACUUUCUCAAGUUCUUACAGAGAAGUCACACUGUUCCUGUCUGGCAUUCAUCUCUUCGUAUGGAUUUCUGUAACUUUAGGCUGCCUUUGCUCAUUUUGGCUGUUCUUGGAUGCUGUUCUGAGGGCGGUCUGUUUCUCAACGACAAAAUGAAAGGAGUUAUCGGUAAAAAUGUGACCUUCAAGACAACAAUCACCUCAGCACAGGAUUUUCAAUUCGUAAUAUGGAAUUUCAACAAAGCUGAUAUAAUUACAUCGAUAAUUACAAGUGUCCCAUCCUCAAACACCAAUAACAUUAAUGAGAAAUACACCAGCAGAAUCGUCUACAGUAAAGCAACAUGUGAGCUUCAGCUCGGGCCGCUGGUGAAGGAGGAUGAAGGGAGAUAUAUUCUCACUGCAGUCACUAACAAAAGAAAGCCACUGUCCGGACAGAUUGUUCUUGAGGUUCUUGAACCCAUAACUGAUGUCAAGAUUUCGUCCAAUCUACCUGAACCUGUAGAGUUCAAUAGCACCGUGGUUCUUUCCUGCUCUGCCAAAGGCUCCUUUACUUACCAGUGGCUGAACGGUUCAGUCCCUUUGGUGGUGGAUGGCACACAUAUGAAACUAAAUGCAGUCGGCAAUGAGCUAACUAUCGCUGAAGUUCGCCGUACAGAACUGCGAGGACCCAUCAUCUGCAUUGCAAAGAACCCACUGGAGUCAGGGACGAGCGCUCCCUUCAAUCUCACUGUGAGCUAUGGCCCAGAGAAAGUCAUCAUGACACAAACUCCAACAGAUUCAUUCCUCCAGAAAGGCUCUAAUUUAACCCUUGCAUGCUCAGCCCAGUCUGACCCUCCUGCUCAGCUCCAGUGGAUGUUUAAUGGGACAGAGAUGCCUCAGAAGACCACGCAGUCCCCAGCCAACAUUACCCUCACCAAUGUAGAAGAAAAACACAGUGGAAACUAUAGCUGUGUGGCCUACAAUGCAAAGACCAAUCGCUACGUUUCCUCGCAGGUUGCUGUGGUGUCUGUUCUGGGUACUUGGCCAAAGUUUCCCAUGCAGAAUUUCACAGACUUCUGCUUGGGGUGAUCUGUCAGUGUGAAGCAGGCAUGUUCAGAAGUCCCCGAGGUCCAAAUCCAAGUCACGUCAAAUCUUCGUUCUAUUUUUAGCAACAGUUCUUUCAUUGUAGCUGAUGAUUGUGUGUAACACUGUAUGAGGAUGAAUCAAUUUUGAAAUAUUAAAACUGAUUACUUCUACAGAAAGUCCUGUUUGUUUAUUCAAAUAUACUAAUAAAGCACACAGUCAUUAAUUGAAUUUUUUUAGACAAUCAAAAAA